UUCUAUUAUAUAUAGAUAAGUCUAGGACACAACACAAUCAUUGAUACAUUGUUAUUGCUUGAGAAAAAUUAAUGGCUAGCUGCUAUCAAUGUGAUGGUAAGAAAAGCAAGAGCUGGUUUACAGACUUCAAAUAUAACCCAAGGAAGGACCAGGCAGGCGAUGUCCGAAACAUUCUCUUAAUAGUUGCAACUCUAAUUGCAGCAGUGACUUUUCAAGCUGGGGUUAACCCUCCUGGUGGUGUUUGGCAAGAUUAUUCGAUAAGGAAUCGCACUUUAUGUGCAGAAAAACAUGCUCAAGGGAUUUGGCCAGACCCUUCAUGUUAUAAUUCACAUCGUGCAGGGACGGCCAUUUAUGCGUCUCGAAAAACCGAAUUCUAUGUUUUCUUGGUCUCUAACACUCUGGCACUUUCCACUUCGGUUCUUGUCAUUGUGUUUCUCACAUGUAAGUUCCCUUUCCAUUUAGAAGUAUUGAUUGCCACAUCUUCAAUGCUUGCAACUUACGCGUCGGCCAUAUUUGCCGUCACGCCUGGUAAUUCUUUUAGAUUUCGUUACGUCCUCUUAGCAGCUGCUUUUCCUUUUGUGCUACGAGCUUUGAUUUAUAUGGUCAUGUUCAAAGCAUAUCAAGAACGAGAGGAUCUGUGUGACAAAUGUAGAAGGGGGAAUUCUGAAGAUAAUUUAUGCAGAAGAUGUGGAAGUGAGAUUCCCAAGUCAGGAAGCGUCUAAGUUUGAAUUUCCAUCAGUUCUAUCAAAAAUAAAGUUCGGAAGACGUCUAGCAUGUUCCGAUUCUGUAUUAUUAGGCCAUAAAACUGUCGUGGGACAGUUGCUAUAUCCAUGUACAAAUUUGCAUGGGUCUGUUUGAUUUUGCUUUUUGAUGUUUUUUUUUUCCCUCUAUGUAUCUUUAGUUAAAAAUUUUAUGGAAUUUUCACGUUAAAUUUCAUGCUUAAU